AUGCCUACCAAUAAACCCAUCCCUACCAAUAAAAUCAUCCCUACCAAUAAACCCAUGCCUAGCAAUAAACCAAUGCCUACCAAUAAACCCAUGCCUAGCAAUAAACCAAUGCCUACCAAUCAACCCAUGCCUACCAACCAGAUCAGGCCUACCAAUAAACCCAUGCCUACCAAUAAGAUUAUGCCUACCAAUAAACCCAUGCCUACCAAUAAAUCCAUGCCUACCAAUAAGAUCAUGCCUACCAAUAAACCAAUGCCUACCAAUAAACCCAUGCCUACCAAUAAGAUCAUGCCUACCAAUAAACCCAUGCCUACCAAUAACCCCAUGCCUCCCAAUAAACCCAUGCCUACCAAUAAACCCAUGCCUACCAAUAAACCAAUGCCCACCAAUAAACCAAUGCCUUCCAAUAAACCCAUGCCUACCUAUAAACCAAUGCCUACCAAUAAACCCAUGCCUACCAAUAAACCAAUGCCUACCAAUAAACCAAUGCCCACCAAUAAACCCAUGCCUACCAAUAAACCAAUGCCCACCAAUAAACCCAUGCCUACCAAUGCCUACCAAUAA